CCCCUGUGUGUUUGUGUGCUUGUGUAUUUGUGUAUUUGCGCGCCGCUUUUUAAUUGAGCAAUUGACAAGAAAUAUAUUAAACAAAACGAUUCCCUGGCAAUGGGCGACUGUGAAAAAUGCAUGAAUGGAGUAGUCACUAAUUCACGAAAUUGACGCUUAGCAUAUUCCGAUUUUGUGCGUUUGUUUGUGUUUCGUUUUCGUGUGCGUGAGAGUUACUUUAUCGAAAUGGAAACUAUAGAAGAGCAAUCAAAAUGCGAGAUGUCCAUUACAACGCUGCCCACACGAAUCUGCCUGGUGGGGAAUGCUGGCCAGGAUGGGGACACGCUGCUGGCAGCCGAGCGCUUCGGCCUGCCCGUUAUAACAUCUAACACGGGCCUGGACACCGCCGACGACAAAGAGUGGCGGACAUUCUACGUGGUAGAGGACUUUGACGGCGACAGCUUUCAGGCGCUGCACAAGCAGAAGGAAUGCAUUCUGGGUCCGCCCGCUUUGAAGUACGCGGCAGAGAUGAAACAGACGCUGGGCCACAACUCGCGGCCCAUUUACAACUAUGCGAUGCGCGGCGUGGUCACUUGCUUCACGGGCAUACGAAAGAAGGACGAGCUGACAAAACUGGUGCACCUCAUCCACUCCAUGGGCGGCUGCAUUAAGAAGGACAUGAACCCCAAGACAACGCAUCUGAUUUGCAGUCACAGUGGCGGCGCCAAGUAUCAGUACGCCAAAACCUUCCGCUUGAGCGUUGUGCGUCCUGACUGGGUGUAUGCUGCCUGGUCGGAUCGCGAUACCCUGGAGUUCGAUGCCACGCAGGAGUGCUUCACCAAGACCCACAAGCUGAAGGCGUUCGAGGGCCAGAAGGUCUGCUUCUUUGGCUUCCCCGCCGAGGAGCACCAGCACAUGGUCGAUGUGCUGCUGGAGAAUGGCGGUGUCUGCGUCGAUCUGAAGGAUCCCGAGUGCUCGCAUGUUGUGAUGCCCAAUACGGGCGCUGUACUUACAAGCACUAGCACUAGCACUAGCACUGAUACUAACCCAACCGCAGGCAAGAGCACAGGCUCAGGCCUACCACUAACUAACCCAGAACCACAAACCACAACCCCCACCACUGUCGGUGGGGGCUCAAGCUCCCCCCACACACCCACAUCAUCGCGAGGUAGCGCGCGGGCAGGCCGGGCAGCAGAAGGCAACGAAAACAUUGAUGAGGUGCAGAUGGAUAGUGGAGGAGGAGGAGGAGGUGGCGGAGGACGAGUAGAAGGAGUGUUGGAGCAGGCCCUGGAAGAGAAGGAGAACGAGAGCGAGAACCAGGACGAAGAUGAAGACGAAGACAUACAUUUCGAUGAGCGCCUCUUUGUGGAGACUGCAGCUAUCCAAAUGGCUGGCGAUGAUCAGCUGCCCGAAUCGGACGAUGACGAAGGGGAUCAAGGUGGGGCCUCUGGGGAUGUCCAGGGCAGCACUCCAAAGACAAGCAAGCCGCGUAUCAGCCUCGCAGCGGGCACGCCCAUCAGUAGUUCCCCGGAAAUUCAAACGGAAGCAGUGACGAUGGGACUGGGGCUGGACCUUCGCAGCCACACCCCCAACAUAUCCCCCAUCCUAAGGCCCAUUGAUGAGUGCGACAUGGAAACGGACGAUCUGUUCGAGGAGGAGGCGGUGGAGGGCAUGGAAACGGGCGCCCCUGCCACUGAGAAUGAUCUCAAGCGUAAGCGCGACAGCAUCGACAAUAUAUCGCUAAUGUCCGUGGACUCGUGCGCCCUGCCGGGCAGCACCAAGAAGCCCAAGCUCACCCGCACCGGUUCCAUCUCGCGCACCCUUCGUCGCUCCGUAAGCUUCGUGGCGGAGCCGCUGAAAAAUGUGCUGCGGCCGCGACGCAGCUCGAUUGCGGCAGCGGAUGCGUCCACCAUUCUGGGCAGCGAGGCGGCCGACGACUCCUAUUGCUCGCUGGCCUCCUCCAUCAGCCUCACGCUGAACGAAUCGAUCAGGAAGCCCGUCAAGGAGAAGUUCCGCAAUAUCUGUAGCCGCAUUACCAGAAGCAACAGUCGACGAGGCGACAAGGAUCGUGAUCAUGAUCUCGAAGGCACUCCCGAGUGCUCCAAAUUACCGCCGCCUAUGGACAGCGGCUUCAAGACUCCAAAGGCACCCAAGCAACGAUCCUCUGCCACUCCGAAAACCUCCAAGCGCCUCUUCGGCCCCGUCUCCGGUGUCGUGUCCGCCCUGGCCCUCACUAGCGCUCCAUCCCCCAGUCCCCAGCCCCCUUCCAAACUGAGCUGUGAUACCAACGACACCUCAUCCACAUCGACAUUGACUUUCUGUGCUGCUGCUGCUGCUACUGUCGUCACCGCUUCAUCAUCAUCAUCAUCAUCAUCGUCUUCGUCUGCAGUGGCUGCUGCUGCUGUUGAGCACAGCGCGGUUCAAGAUAUUAAAGAAGAGUCCCCCAAAGGGUCGACACAGAGACGCGAACCCAUGCAAAUGGUGGUUGACGAGCACACGACCGUCGCGAAGCCCGAUCCCAAGAACUAUCACUCGCACAUCCUGAAAUCAGAUUGGUUCUGGUAUACCAUACAGAAUGGCUAUGCCAAUGAGAUGGACUAUCUGUUUGGAGAUUAUUUGGAUAGCAUUACGAAUACACCGAAUACAGAUCGUCGGGACUCGCUGCCCGUUAGCUUUAACAAGAGGAAACGCAAGCGUUUAUCGCAGCGCAUUCAGCUCGAGGGCACUCCGCUGGGAUCGGGCAAACGACGCUCCUCCGUGUCGGAUGCCGGCCUCCUCUCCGUCUCCAACAGCCUGUUCGACUGCACCACGAGUCCGGACAAGCUGCUGGACGGCGACGACAAGCUGCUGCUCCACGCCGAACCGGAACCCAUUGAUGGCACGCCAGUGAAGCGAUCCAUGCGAUUCAACCACUUUAUGGACUUUUUCACCACAGAGUCCAACUAUGUCGGAAUACUGGAUACCAUUUUAAAUCUCUUUAAAAACAAACUGGAGGAACUGGCCGAGACCAAUGAUCCGCUGCUCAAUAAAUCGGAAAUCAAAUCUGUGUUUGGCAACUUUCUGCCCAUCCACGAGGUGCACCAGAGCAUGCUGGAGCAUCUGCGGAAUCUGCACGCCAACUGGCGGGAGGACUGCCUAAUCGGGGAGAUCAUCAUCCGGCACCAGGAGGAGCUGAUCAAGGCAUAUCCGCCCUAUGUGAACUUCUACGAGCAGAUGAAGGAGCAGCUGCAGUACUGCGACCGCGAGUACCCACGCUUCCAUGCCUUCCUAAAGAUCAACCAGACGAAGCCCGAGUGCGGCCGCCAGAGUCUGCAGGACCUGAUGAUCAGGCCAGUGCAGCGGCUGCCCAGCAUUAGCCUGCUUCUGAAGGACAUUCUGAAGCACACGGGCAACAGCAAUGCGGAUCACGAGAGAUUGGAGGAGGCCCUGAAGGCCAUCAAACAGGUGACCCUGCACAUCAACGAGGACAAGCGGCGCACCGAGUCGCGCAUGGCCAUCUUCGAUAUAUUCAACGAUAUCGAUGGUUGUCCGGCGCAUCUCGUCAGCUCUAACCGCAGCUUUAUCGCCAAGUGUGAGGUGAACGAACUGUCCGACUCGUUAAGCGGGCGGGGGGACAGCCUCCUGCUGUACCUCUUCUCCGAUUCCAUCGAGUUGUGCAAGCGACGCUCGCGCGGCUUUAACACCGUCAAGUCACCCAGCACCGGCAAGACGCACAAGCACCUCAAGCUGAUAUCCCUCAACACGAUACGCUUCGUGAUCGACAUCUCGGACAGUCCGCGUGCCUUUGGCCUGCUGCUGCGUGGCGACAAGGAGAAGCUCUACACGUUCACCAUCAGCGACGAGGAGACGGACAAGCACAGCUACCUGAAGAAGCUCUGCAACCAGAUUGCCGCCCACACGUGCCGCACGGAUGCGGACAAGCUGCUGCUCUGCCGCUUAUCCCAGGAGCUGGACGUGGACAUCAGCGAUGUGAAUGUCAGUACGCUGAGCAAGGCCUUCAAACUGGCAGCCAAGACGCGCCUAAAGGUGGGUCGCGCCUUCUCCUUCAACAAGACCCCAAACAAGCUGAAACGAGCCGUUUCCACAAUGAUGACCUCGCCCUUUGGCAGCACAAACUCAUUGACGCCCUCCUCCCAGCUCGCCCAGAUGCGUUUGGCUGCAAACAGCUGCAGAAAUAUUAAUGAAGUGGCCGAUGAAGACGAUUGCUCCAGCAUGAGAAGCAGUUCGCCAUCGACGCAGUCGGAAACAUUGGUGGUGCCGCCAAUGUCUGUGCAGCCCACGCGCAAGAACAAGGCCGUUGUGGGUCGCAUUUAGAGUCGUGAUCGACUCACAAUUUCUGUAUUCCAUGCCUCAACGCAUCUUCGAAUUCGUAAUCUCAGAGAAACACACACACAUCAAAUCAGAAACAGAGCAGAAAACUAAUUGUUUAGUUGUAAUUGUAGUUUGUAAAUGUAUCGUUAAGUUUGUCGCUUGUCGAUGAGCAGCAGCAGGUGGCAAAUGUUGAAGCGUUUGCCGUCUUCAACCAUCGAAUAUGAUUAUGACCGAUUGAACGAUCCAACCUGUAAAUAGUACACCCUCUCGAGAUAUUAUUAUGUUAUCCGUAAACCCGUAGUCGUAAAUCGUGAGUGUACCCCCCAACCCCAUCCUCCCCUACACAAUCGUAGAAUAGUGUCUAGAAAUCUAGAAAUCGCAUUUUCGAGUUCACGAACGAGAUCCGAAUUCCUAUCCGUCGAUCGAUCGAUUGAUUCGAAGGGAUUUCGGUUGAUUUAGAUUGCCCCGACACACUGCAACACACACUGCAACAAGCUGUGAAUGUUUACUGAGUAAAUUUUAUAAAAAAAAUAUUAAUUUUAAUAAUUAAACAAUAAUUU